AUGGGUGUAACCUGUUCUUCUUUGGAAGAUGAUACCAGCGGUGCUUACUGCUGGCAACUGCUAGUACAGACGCUUUAUAACUGCAGGACCGCCGUGCAUUGCGCUCGCACCGAAUCACACGCGCUCCUCCAUGCCCAUAUCUACAACAUGACGUCGUUUAACGUCAUCGUGUGUGGGGCUCCUGUAGUUGUGUGGGGUUGGCUUCGGGCGAGCCGCAGCGCACGCCUCGUAUCGAUCCUGCGCGGCACUUUGCGCAACUUGCUACAUUCACAGCUCGCCAGGGCGUCCACUCUCCCGCUCUAG